AUGUCUGACCCGCCAUUUACCGUCCGCGCGGUCUUCGAAUAUGCUUCGGGCCAUGAUGACGACCUCAGCUUCCCGAUCGGUCAAAUCGUGACCGUCACCGCCUUGGAGGAUGACGAUUGGUACUACGGCGAAUACUCAGAUGCCCAGGGUGCCAAGCAGGAGGGAAUAUUUCCAAAGAACUUCGUCGAGAAGUACGAGCCUCCGGCUCCUCCGAGACCGUCUCGUCCCAGACCAAAGAAGGAGCCCGAGCCCGUGCCAGUGGAGACCCCUGCGGUUGAGAGCAAGCAGCUUGAGCCCGAAGCCGAGCCAGAGGUGGUGCCCGCGCAGGAAGAACAUGAUCUGACAUCUGCGCAACCCCCUGUACCUCAGUCUCCCCCUCUACCUGCGAGUGCCCCUGUAACAGAAGCUGCGAUUCCACCCCCACAGCCGGCAAAGGCGCCAGCUCCCGCCCCUCCCGUGGCCGCAGCUGAACCCGCUGCCAAGGUUGCCUCAAAACCUGCCGCCCCAGCUGUCGCAGAGAAGCCGUCGGGGUCAUCAUUCAGAGAUCGUAUCGCUGCGUUCAAUAAGCCCGCCGCAGCACCAGUAACCCCAUUCAAACCGAGUGGCUCCCAGCCAUCCUUUAUCAAGAAGCCUUUCGUUGCCCCACCUCCAAGCCGGGAUGCCUACAGACCUCCGCCAAGGGAGCCCGCCCCCAAGAUUUAUAGGAGAGAGGAGGACCCGGACGUGAAGGAACAGAUUGCUCGGGAGCCUCCGGUCUCUGAAAGCCGAGCUGCUCCCACCGAAGGGGGCGAAGAGGGUGCAGAGGACCAGCCCAAGCCGACUAGUCUGAAAGACCGAAUUGCUUUGCUCCAGAAGCAGCAAUUAGAGCAAGCUCAGCGUCAUGCAGAAGCAGCCCAGAAGAAGGAGAAGCCCGCUCGCCCUCCUCCUAGGAAGUCAACGGACGAACCUGUCGCUCCUACACUUGGUGAUGAACAAGAUACCUCUCACGCCGAGGAACCUGCGACUGCUCGUGACCCCAGUGUUGAUACAUUGAGAGCUGCGGUUCCUCCUCCACAGCCCCCUGUUCCGUUCUCGCCCACCCAGGACAUCUCCAGUGACGUCAAUGACGCCGAUGCCUCCGGUGCUGCAGACUCGGAGGAUGCGGGUGACUCGUCCACUAGCAAGGAUGAGGUGGAUCAGCCUGAGCCUCGUCCGACCUCUCAGCGUCAUCCAUCAACUCGCACUGUCGAUCAAGCUACCGAGGCAGAUGUCGAAGACGAGGGUGAUGCAGAAGAAGAGGAAGAAAUGGACCCUGAAACCAAGCGCAGAAUGGAAUUGCGUGAGCGAAUGGCUAAGAUGAGCGGCGGCAUGGGAAUGAUGGGUCUUUUCGGACCACCCGGUGGCAUGCCGGGCAUGUCUGGUCCUGCUCCUCGCAAGCCCAAGACUCCUGGCGAGUCAGAGAAGAAACUGGGAGAGGAGCCUGAGCCCACAUCGCCUGCCCAUGCACCUCCAGUUCCCCUUCCGGGCAUGAACAUAGCUAGCAAGCCGAUGCCUCCUGCUGCUGAAGUAGAAAAGGAAGCGGAAGAACCCUCCGCCACUCCUGUCACUGAACAACAUUCCGCACGUGAGGUGCCAGAUGUCGAAGAGGUUGUUCACGAAGGGGCAGUGCCUCGGGCCUCUAUCGAUCGUCAGGCCCCGGUCCCUCCAUCUCAAGAACGUUCCGCGCCUCCUCCGCCUCCUCGUGAGCCAAGACCUGCUCCGCCGGUUCCAGGAGAGCCACCUGCUUCCCCUCCACCAGUCCCAGGGGGCCGACCAGUUCCUCCUCCACCGAGGCCCACAACUGCCGACAAAGGUGAGGAGUCUGAUGACGAAUUGUCGGUGCACUUGCCUAGUCUCUCUUUACAUGACUCGGCCGCUCCACCUGCCGUGCCUGCGCCUGCGAUUCCUGAUCAAGUUGAUUCUCGCCGUUCUUCAACAUAUGACCCGGCGUCAUCUACGGUCUCGACUCCCGCAGCCGAGAAGAGGGCCAGUCGUUUACCACCCCCUAUUCCAGUCAAUCCACCCAUGUCGCCACCAUCACAAGGGCGCGCUCCUCCGCCUCCGCCUCCCGACCAACUUCGCCGCCGAUCUACUACCGAUAGUCGCACCAGCGCGAUAUCCCCUCCUCAACAGGCUGGAGAAGAUACCGAGGGAGAGGUCACCGAAUACGACGGGGACUACGACACUGACAUCGCGUCAGGAGUGAAACACAAGGAUGCUCUGAAAACCCACCACCGUGAUUCUAGCUUUGACGAGGGUACUAUCACCGACGACCAAUCUAUUCAAUCCCCCCGAAGCCCUCAGGAAUCUCGCCAUCCCCCGCCUCUCCCGCCUACGGCCCCCAGAGCAGUACCUCCUCCACCCCCAAGUCAGCCGCCUCGAAAUGCUCGUGCGUCCAUUGACACACCCAGGGGACCGCCGCCCCCUCCACCCAACAGAGAGCCUGUCGGUGGUGAGGAUAAUGAUGAGUACGACCCAUUCAACUAUGCCGCUCCCCAUCACAGUCUGGCCACGUCUCCGCCCUUCCCGCCUGGUCGCCCAGAGGUCCCACCCCCAGUCCCACCUCGUCAAGCGACCGAUGAAUAUGAUGAUUUGUAUGAUGCCCCUCCAGUGCGGAGCCCGACCACAGAAAGGCCCCCUGCCUUCCACGAGAAGCGUCCUUCACAGGCGCCUCCGCCUCCCCAAAACCAAGCUCCGAGUUUGCCGUCCCCCUCCGUAGCCCGAAGCCAGCGAGCAUCUAUGGAUCUUCUGAGGAAUCAACCUAACGUUCGUCGGUCCAUGGAUGUUUCUCGCCCAUCUGUUGACCAAGGUUACAUUGCCACUGACAUUGAGUUCGCCGAAUAUACUCUCUGGUGGACUCAGCCCAACACGCCGCCUCCAGUCUUCCAGAAUCGCAACGAUCUUCUUUUCGAGAUCGAGGAGACUUCUUCCACAAAGCGUGGUGGCAAGACGACUGUAUCAAAGGAUGUCUACGUACUGUUCAUUGAUUACUCUCAGACAGUCUUGCACGUUCAAUUCGACUCUCGAAACCCUGCAGACGCUUCUUUCGAGCAGCGCCAUGAACCACCGCCGCUUCAGCCUCGCCAGGAUCAGCUUGAGCAGGCCCAUACGCAGUUCGGAGCUCGAAUUUCCGAAGCGGUCAACUCGAUACAGAACUCUACUGUUGGAGACGGCACUCCGUUCGGGCUCGUUCAACAUCUGCUCAGCCCUCUUUCCGACGCGCUGCUUCCCAUUGGUACUCGCGGGUACGGAGCUUUGGUCUAUUCCAACCUAGCCAAUGCCUCCGUGUCACAAAACGACGAGAUCCGCGCUGGUGACAUCGUCAGCUUCCGCAAUGCCCGCUUCCAGGGUCACCGGGGAACCAUGCACCAGAAGUACAGCGCUGAGGUUGGCAAACCCGAUCACGUUGGAAUCGUGGUUGACUGGGAUGGCACCAAGAAGAAAAUCCGAGCGUGGGAGCAAGGCCGGGAAAGCAAGAAAGUCAAGAUGGAGAGCUUCAAGCUGAACGAUCUCCGCAGUGGCGAAUGCAAGGUCUGGCGAGUGAUGCCCCGUAGCUGGGUGGGCUGGGAAGCCAACAAAUAG